AUGCACGGCGUGCCGGCGGUGGUGACGUCAUCGCACGGCCACCGGCACGCCUCCUUCCUCGCCGCCGCGCGCCCCUCCCCUCGCUCGCUCGGCGCGCUGUGCCUGCUCGCCGUCGCCGCGCUCGCGCUCCUCGCGGCCGCCGUGCACUCGCCCCUCGGCCCCCGCCUCGCCGCACGACGCGCGACAAGCCCGAGACGAGUGCACAGCAUCGGCCCAUCCGCCUUUAAAUCAGCCGAUCAUUUAGCGCCAGCAGCAUCACAGCCGUCCAUCCUGCCUCUUCCCCUGGGUUCCCACGAUGCCCGUGGAAGGCAGGUUGGCAGUCCCACCACCACUGCCCCCUCCGGUGAUGCAGAUGCAGGCGGUGCAGCAGGCACUGUGCUGGUCGCUGCUGCCACCACGGACGGCCAGCUAGAGCCACUGAUGACAGCAGGUGCAACUGCUGGCACGUCAGCAGUGACUGAGCCAUCAACGGCUGCAUCAGAAACAGCAGAAGCGUAUGUAGCAGGGGUACCAGAGCAGUGCAGCAUGCAGCGCAGCACGGACUAUGACGGGGACGCACUCACAUGGGGCCUGGACUUCCACACCGCCUCCGCUGCCGACUGCUGUGCGCGCUGCCAAGCCAUGGCUGCCACUGCCCAUGCCGCCGCACAGCAGGGGGGUGAGGGCGCACAGCAGCGGUGCAACAUCUGGGUGUUCUGCCCUGAGCCGGGGGGGUGCUGGUCGCCUGACAUAUGGGACCACAAGCACAAGGAGUGCUGGCUCAAAUAUGGAGACCCACCCAAGUUGAACUUCCAGGGUCGUUAUGCUAAAGAAUUUCGCGCCAUGCAUCCCACUGCACCUGAGGCUGUUCAGUGGGUGGCUGGUGUCAUCUAA